AUGUCCGAGCAAGAGGUGGUUGAUGGGCGAAAACAAACUGUCGAGAUGGACUCAGCAUAUCAUCUGGUCACUGUUUACAAGCCGUCGGCGGCGAGCCAGAUCUACGAGGAGGCUGCUUACCCAAUAGUAGAGAACGUUCUUGAGGGAUACAAUGGUGAACGGCUCAAGCUGUGUGACUGGAUGAGAACGAUAGCUGUAGGGACUAUCUUUGCUUAUGGUCAGACGGGCACUGGGAAGACGCAUACGAUGGUGGGACCGUCUGGAGGGAAGAAAAACAAUGAACACGGCAUCAUUCCGCGAGCAUUUGAGCAUCUUUUCAAGAGCAUCGAUGAGAGCGGCGGACAGGAUAUUUCCUACCUGGUUCGGGCGAGCUUCCUGGAGAUUUACAAUGAGGAGAUUCGAGAUCUCCUGUCGAAGAACCCGAAGGAGAAAUUGGAGCUCAAAGACAAUCCUGAUACUGGUGUAUACGUGAAAGACCUGCAGGCCUUCGUGGUCAAGGGCGUAGACGAAAUGCGGCAAGUGAUGGCUGCUGGGCAACGCAACAGGUCGGUGGGCGCUACUUUGAUGAACGUCGAGUCGAGCCGAUCACAUUCUAUCUUCACGAUCACUGUGGAGACCGCGGAGAUGAGAUCUGAUGGUCAAGGGCAUAUACGAGUGGGCAAGUUGAAUAUGGUUGAUCUUGCUGGCUCUGAGAGGCAGUCGAAGACCGGAUCUACUGGUGACACGCUGAAGGAGGCUACAAAAAUAAACCUAUCGCUAUCGGCCCUCGGAAACGUGAUAUCGGCACUCGUUGACAGUCGGUCAACAUUCGUACCAUACAGGGACUCUAAGCUUACACGACUGCUGCAAGAUUCUCUAGGCGGCAAUACAAAAACGGUGAUGGUCGCGAAUAUAGGUCCAGCUGACUACAACUACGAUGAAACACUCUCAACUCUGCGAUAUGCUCAUAGAGCGAAGUCGAUCAAGAAUAAACCGCGUAUCAAUGAAGAUCCUAAAGAUGCCAUGAUACGCGAGUUCCAGGAGGAGAUUUCCCGAUUGAAGUCUCAAUUGGCAGUGCAGACCGGUAUGGUGGCGGAAGGCGUCGGUGGUGCCCCUCGUGAAGUUACUGUGGAGAAGAUCGUUGAGAAAAUUGUGCAUGUCCAUGGGCCGAGCGAAGAAGAGAUCGAACAGAUCAAGGAUAAGAUGGCUAAAGAUCAGCAGGAGGUUCAUAAGAAAUUUGAAGCGGAGCGGCAGAAAAUCCUGGCGGAGAAGUCCAAAACGGAGCAGGAAAGGCAGAGCCUCUUGUCAGAGCUUCAACGGAAAGAGGAGCAAGGCGAGAAGCAGCGGGAACAGCAAGUGCAGUUGCUGGAUAAGUUGAAGCAGAUGGAGGAUAAAAUGCUCAUGGGGACUAAAGUAAUCCAGCAGGCUGCAGUCCAGGAAAAGGAAUUGAAAAAGGCGAAGAGGGCUCUACAAAAGAAGAAAGAAGAGGAGGAGCGAAUACGAGCCAAGGUUAAAGAGCAGGAAGAGGAACGUCUCCUUCUAGCUGAGAAGUACGAAGCCAAGGGUGGCCAAGUUGUCAAACUGACGAGCAAACUUGAGAAACUCUGGCAUAAGUACAAGAACGCCAGUGCGGAGGUUGAUGACUUGCAGAGAGAAUUCCAACGAGAAAGAGAAGAUAUGCUGGAAUCCAUCCGAGCCUUGAGCAAAGAGCUCAAGCUGAAGUCUCUUGUGAUCGACUACUUCAUACCUCCUGAGGAGUACCAGAGAAUAGCCGACCGCGCACAGUACGACCAAGUAGAGGAUGCAUGGGAGAUCAGCCAUAUUGGACUAGCUGGGAAUGCUCAAGCUAGACGUCCUGGAUCGGCCCUUGGCCUUGAACGCCCAACGACAGAGUUUUCCCGGGUUGCACGGCAGCAUUCAGCGGACCCAAGAUUCCGCAGCGAUGGUAUAUUGCAGACUGAUCUGUUGCCUACUGAGCGACUCACUCGAGCUGGCGAAGUGGACCCUUCGCAAGCGAUGAAUAAUGAGGUGCUCAGCGCCAUACAAAGUGGUCUCGACGAGAAUGACUACGUUCCUAACACUAGCGUCUACUUUUCGUGA